AUGAAGGACAGAGUGGACCGCCGGCGAGGGCUGAAAGGCUCUGGAUCAGAGGCCCCGCACGGACCCGCGCCAAGACCGAACCCUGCCGCUGCCCCACCCGGUGACAGGUGGAGCUGCGAGGGCGACCAGGUCCCCGCCUCUUUGCGCUGCCUGCCAGGAGCCGGAGCCUCUUCCGGUUGCUUCAGGCCACGGAACUCCGACUCACAUCGCCCCCGGGAAAACCGCAGCGGGGUCGCGCAGCCGGAAGCGGGGACGAACGGAGCCGAGAACUACCGAGGCUCAGGUAAGGGUGGCGGCGAAGGGUCAAUCUGCGCUGGGCGUGGGGUGGCCGGUGAGGCAGUUGGAGGUGCCUGGGUUGGGUGGGAGGAUAUCGGCUGGCCCACACGAGCAGGGUUGAGCUGCCGCCGCCGUUGUCGCGAGUGUGGAGUGGGGACUGGAGCUGCUGCCGCAGCGACUCCGGGGACUCUGUCGCUAGCCCCCAGCCCUUCUGCCUCCCACUUCCCCGGGUCAGCGCGGCCUGCUCCUCCCCGGCUUGUUGCCCCCUCCUCCAUUUCCCGCCCUCUCUUCAUCACACACGCGGCCCCUCCCCGAUCGUGGAUCCGGGCAGUGGCGGCGGCGGCGGCGGGAGCAGCAGGGACUCAGCGCCCGACUGCUGGGACCAGGCGGACAUGGAAGCCCCCGGGUCGGGCCCGUGCGUUGGCGCCGGCGGCCGCCGAGGCCCAGCGUGAGCACCUCAGUGCGGCCUUAAGCCGGCAGCUCAACGUCAAUGCUAAACCCUUCGUGCCCAACGUCCACGCCGCCGAGUUCGUGCUGUCCUUCCUGCGUGGCCCGGCCCAGCCGUCGCCACCCCCGGCUGGCGCCGGCGCCAACCACCACGGAGUCGGCAGUGGCGCGGGAGGCCCUUUGGCACCUCUGGAACCUUCUCAAGAGGACCAAUUGUGUGAAGGUUCAAAUUCAGUUGUUAGCAUGGAACUUUCAGAACCUGUUGUAGAAAAUGGGGAGACAGAAAUGUCCCCAGAAGAAUCAUGGGAACACAAAGAAGACAUCAGUGAAGCAGAGCCAGUGGGUGGCUCCUUGGGAGGUGGAAGGCCCCCAGAGGAAAGUGCCCAGGAGAUGAUGGAGGAGGAAGAGGAGAUACUAAAACCCAAAUCUGUGGUUGCAACGCCAGGUGCUCCUAAGAAGGAACAUGUAAAUGUAGUAUUCAUUGGGCAUGUAGAUGCUGGCAAGUCAACCAUUGGAGGACAAAUAAUUCUUAUCCUCGAAGAUCGUCUUCAGCCACCGUGACUGAGCUUGCUUCUCCUGGUAAUACUCUUCGACUGUGAUCGAGCGGCCAAUCCAGGGAGCUGGAGGCUACCAAGAGAAAAAGGAGAAGCCAAGCCAGUCAGAAGGAAGUAAAAGAAACCUGUACCGACCCUUCCGUUCCUGAGACGCAGGGGAGCCAGACUGGCGUGAGCAGGGGUGGGUGGACAGACCAUACCAACAUCAGCGGGAUCCGUCGCCUGGAGGGCACCAGGGGAAACUUGUGUCUGUGUGGCUGGAAGCUGCUGGGUGUAGGUGGAGAAUCCCAGGAGUUCUGCUCCCUACAUAUGGUUGUAUCUGCAAAUAAAGUAUCAGACUUAC